GGAGCGCUCUCCGCCACCAUGAGCCGGCUGCCCCUGCCCUGCCUCCUGCUGCUGCUGCCGCCGCUGCUGCUGCCGGCCGAGGUCAGAUGUACAGUUGCUUGCACUGAGGAUUGCAGCUCAAAUAAUGCAACUGCAGAACCAGCAACCAGUAGUAAUGAUGAUUUAUCCGUAAACUCUGCCAGUGGGAACAGAACCUCUGCAGGUGGAAGAGUGGUUGGGGCUGCAUCACUAGCUGAUGAGACAAGAGGAUCCAGCCUGAUUUAUAACCUCACAGCAGAAUCCAUUGGUGUGAAUUCUGUCAUCAUAAAAUGGAUGGUGAAUAACAGUGGUGAUGGCCAAUACACAUACAGGAUAGAGGGUUUAAAUUGUAGAGAUAAUACAACUCUGAAGAAUGAGACCAAUGACAAGAGAGCAGAAAUUACUGGGUUAAUCCCUGGGACACCAUACAACUUCACAGUAUUUGCUGUAGUAGCAGGUAAAAAUGAUACAGAAGGAGAGGGAAGUCUCAUAGACCUGUAUACAAGGCCCAGCCAAGUUCAUGAUCUCAAGGCAGAAUCCAUUGGUGUGAAUUCUGUCACCUUAAAAUGGGAGGUGAAUGACAGCGCUGCUGACACCUACACGUACAGGAUAGAGGUUGUCAAUGGUACAUUUGUGCAGAAUGUGCCAUCCAAUGAACCCAGAAAAGAAAUUGCUGAGUUAAUCCCUGGGACACACUACAACUUCACAGUAUUUGCUGUAGCAGCUGAUAAUAAGACAGAAGGAGAAGGAAGUCCCAUAGACCUGUAUACAAGGCCCAGCCAAGUUCAUGAUCUCAAGGCAGAAUCCAUUGGUGUGACUAAUGUCACCUUAAAAUGGCUGGUGAAUGACAGCGCUGCUGACACCUACACGUACAGGAUAGAGGUUGUCAAUGGUACAUUUGUGCAGAAUGUGCCAUCCAAUGAACCCAGAAAAGAAAUUACUUGGCUAAUCCCUGGGACACACUACAACUUCACAGUAUUUGCUGUAGCAGCUGAUAAUAAGACAGAAGGAGAAGGAAGGCCCAUAGACCUGUAUACAAGGCCCAGCCAAGUUCAUGAUCUCAAGGCAGAAUCCAUUGGUGUGAAUUCUGUCACCUUAAAAUGGGAGGUGAAUGACAGCGCUGCUGACACCUACACGUACAGGAUAGAGGUUGUCAAUGGUACAUUUGUGAAGAAUGUGCCAUCCAAUGAACCCAGAAAAGAAAUUGCUGAGUUAAUCCCUGGGACACCGUACAGCUUCACGGUAUUUGCUGUAGCAGCUGAUAAUAAGACAGAAGGAGAAGGAAGUCCCAUAGACCUGUAUACAAGGCCCAGCCAAGUUCAUGAUCUCAAGGCAGAAUCCAUUGGUGUGACUAAUGUCACCUUAAAAUGGCUGGUGAAUGACAGCGCUGCUGACACCUACACGUACAGGAUAGAGGUUGUCAAUGGUACAUUUGUGAAGAAUGUGACAUCCAAUGAACGCAGAGCAGAAAUUGCUGAGUUAAUCCCUGGGACACACUACAACUUCACAGUAUUUGCUGUAGCAGCUGAUAAUAAGACAGAAGGAGAAGGAGAGUCCACAAAUCUGUAUACAAGGCCCAGCCGGGUUCUUGAUCUCGAGGCAGAAUCCAUUGGUGUGACUAAUGUCACCUUAAAAUGGGUGGUGAAUGACAGCGCUGCUGACACCUACACGUACAGGAUAGAGGUUGUCAAUGGUACAUUUGUGAAGAAUGUGACAUCCAAUGAACGCAGAGCAGAAAUUGCUGAGUUAAUCCCUGGGACACACUACAACUUCACAGUAUUUGCUGUAGCAGCUGAUAAUAAGACAGAAGGAGAAGGAGAGUCCAGAAAACUGUAUACAAGGCCCAGCCAGGUUCUUGAUCUUGAGGCAGAAUCCAUUGAUGUGACUAAUGUCACCUUAAAAUGGGAGGUGAAUGACAGCGCUGCUGACACCUACACGUACAGGAUAGAGGUUGUCAAUGGUACAAAUGAUACACAUGGGCACAACGUGACAUCCAGUGAACGCAGAGCAGAAAUUACUGACUUAAGCCCCGGGACACUGUACAACUUCAUGGUAUUUGCUGUAGCAGCUGAUAAUAAGACAGAAGGAGAGGGAAGUCCCAUUGACCUGUAUACAAUUCCUGUCUCAGUGGGUUCACUUCAGUGUGAGCCAGUGGCCAAGCAGCCUUGCCUAAUGCUGAAGUGGAAAUGUCCUUUUGGUAACAACUCUGGCUUCAGUAUCAAAAUAUAUAAUAUAAGUGCUUCUGAUGUAGUGAGAGACUACUCGGCUCCACGCUGCACGGGAGAAGGCUUUGAGCAAAACCUCACAAUAAAAUAUUUAAAUUUUUUCAGCACCUAUAAUGUUACUAUUAGGACUCUUCAAAAUGGCUCUGAAAGCUCUGCAGUGGACAACUUGUGUCACACCAGCAUUACUGACCCACCUCCUCCAACCGAAGUUCCUUCAGUCAAGGCCGUCAGUCACAGCUCUUUGUCUGUUGAAUUCUCUGAUUUUAAUUCACUGAAUGGUCCAUUGGAAGCCUAUGCAAUAAUGAUCACAACAGAAGAUCAAAGUUCUGAGUCUUUGAAGGCUAAGUUGAACAACACAUACAAAGAUUUCAAGAAGAAGACAACAACUGCCUAUGUUACAUAUGUCAUAAAAACAGAGCAGGCAGAUUCACAUUCUUCCCGUUCUCAGAGUGAUAAAAACAUCGUCAAUGUAGGCAAGGGAAACACAAUGUAUGGCUAUGAAAACGGACCAUUGAUCCCUCUUCGUUCAUACAGGGCAUGUGUUGCAGGUUUCACUAAUAUAACCUUUUCGGAUUAUGUGAUUGAGGGGGAAGACAGUUAUGUAUCAUUUUCACCCUGCUCUGAACCAGUCUUACUGCCCCAGGAUCCAGGUAUUAUUGCUGGAGUGGUUAUUGGAUGCCUUUUGGCUAUCUUGGCUGUAGUUGCUGUAGGGGGAUUCAUAUUCUGGAGAAGGAGAAGGAAAGAUAAAAGAAAUACUGAAGUGUCUUUUUCUCCAAUUAAAUCAAAAAUGAUUAAAGUGGAGAACUUUGAGUCAUACUUUAAGAAGCAGCAAGCUGACUCCAACUGUGGUUUUGCUGAAGAGUAUGAGGAACUCAAGUCUGCUGGUGUUCAUCAGCCCAAAUUUGCUGCUGAACUUCCUGAGAACAGGGGGAAAAAUAGAUACAACAAUGUCCUACCAUAUGAUAUUUCUCGUGUUAAACUUUCAAAUCAAAGCUCUGGAACUGACUAUAUUAAUGCAAACUAUAUGCCUGGCUAUAAUUCAAAGAAGGCAUUUAUUGCUGCACAGGGUCCAUUACCCAAUACUAUAGAAGACUUCUGGCAAAUGAUUUGGGAAAAGAGUAUCUAUUCAAUUGUUAUGUUGACAAAAUGUGUGGAACAAGCCCGGACAAAAUGUGAGCAGUACUGGCCAGACAAACAACCCAAGAGCUAUGGUGACGUUAUUGUGACAAUGGUCUCAGAAGUUGUCCUUCCAGAAUGGACAAUAAGGGACUUCACUGUAGAAAAGUCCAACACCCCCGAGAGCCACACGGUGCGCCAGUUCCAUUUCACCUCCUGGCCAGAUCAUGGCGUGCCAGAGACAACAGACCUUCUCAUCAACUUCAGGCACCUUGUCCACGAGUACAACAGCCAGAAUCCAGUGGACUCUCCCACUCUGGUGCACUGCAGCGCUGGUGUCGGGAGGACGGGGACGUUCAUCGCCAUCGACCGCCUGAUCCAGCAGAUGGAGAUGGAGAACACCGUGGAUGUGUACGGAGUGGUGUACGACCUCCGCAUGCACCGGCCCCUCAUGGUGCAGACUGAGGACCAGUACGUCUUCCUAAACCAGUGUGUCAUGGAUAUCAUUAAAUCCCAGAGGGAGAGGAAAACAGACCUUAUCUACCAAAAUGUGACAGCAAUGGCAAUCUAUGAAAACUUCCCGCCAGGACCAGCUUUUGGGAAAGCCAAUGGCUACCAUGCAUAGUCCAGAAGGAACCCAGUGCCUCCAUCCAGGACAUGUUGCCUGCCCAUUGGAGAGGGGGGUGUCCGACUCGUGUUUUCUGGGAUUGUGUGCAGUGUCUCAUGUCUGGCUUCUCCAGUUCUGUCUGCAUUCAAAGGUGUGAUCUACAGGAGGAAAAACACAAUGCUGGCAGGAGCUGUAGACUCAUGUUAAAAAAACCCAAACAACAAAACCGAAGCAAAACUUUUUAAAGUUAACAGAGGAAUCUUGUUUUUUCUUGGGAAUUUAACAGUACUGAUAGGUGAAAUAGCAUUUGCCGUAUGAACAGUGAACUAGAGUUUAAAUAUUAAAAUAAUAACACAAGCUUUUUAUUACAAUUUUAUAUGAUUUCAUUUAUAGACACCACGCUGGUGGGUUGUUUUAAUAUAUUUAAUUAUAAGUUUCAGGAACAUAUUUUAUCUACUGUAUCUGGUUACUUAGUUAAUAGAUAUGUGCCUCUGUGAUCUAUUUUUUUUUUCCUGUGUUCCUUUUUAUUUAAAAAAGGAGUACAAAUGGCUCCUUCAAAUGGACAUUCAUACUUGGAAAUUGUGCCUUUUCUAGAUGCUAUUCUAGAAAAAAAAACAGCAGAGAUUCUAUUUUUAUACUGAAACUCUUAAUGAGAACACAGAUUUUUAAAUAAGGCUUAUGUCAAACUUAACUGUAGUUGCACUGUUGGCAGGACUCUCCAGAAGUUUGGAGGUGAGCUUUGUUUUUGCAUUUCACCACAAAUAUCCCCUGCCUUAACGUUUUGGUGCCUCUGCCAGAGGAAAAGGAGUGUGGUCUGUCACUCUGAGCUUUAACUGUAGAUAAAACCAGAGCAAGUGAAUCUGUGAAUGUGUGUGCGGGGGGUGCGUGGGCGUGUGGAUGAAGGACAGAAUAGCUCCUCCCUGUUCCUGCCUGAUAUUCCUGUUUUUAUACAAUUUAUAAUGAUUUAUUUAAAGGUGCAAUAUAUGAUUUACUGAAUAAUGCUCACUCUAAUAGAGUUUUUCUCAGGUUGGUGUCUUUUUAUCAUUGUUGCUGUUUUUCCUCAAAUAUAUAAAUCUGUGAAAAUG